UCCCUGCGGUGUAGCAUUUGAGAAAAGCUUGGGAAAGAAAAGGAUUGGGUGGGCUGGAGUGGAGAUCAAGAAGGACUUAGAGGAUCCUGGGGGGCUCGGCCGACGCGAUGUCCACUGGUUCCGUGAGCGACCCGGAGGAGCUGCCUGAUAUGGAGCUGCGUGGGCUGCAGCUGACGUACCCAGCCCCUACGUCCGCCAAGCGGCAGCCUCGCCGGGGAGGCAGCAGCAGUGAGCUCUACCCGUCCGCUGACAACUCCUCUGCAGAAGACGACGAAGAGGAGGACGUAGAGGAGGAAACUUGCACCCUGGGGGCCGCCCGCGGGACUAACAGCAGCUGCAAGAGGAAGCGGACCCGGGGAGCUGCAGGCGGCGGAGGCUGCAGCAGCAGCGGUAGCGGGGGCGGGAGCAACUGCACCAAGAAGUCUCUGCUACCCAAGGGCUCAUCUGCUGAAUGCAAGCAAUCUCAAAGAAACGCGGCCAACGCCAGAGAGAGGGCCAGGAUGCGAGUGCUGAGCAAAGCCUUCUCCAGGCUUAAGACCAGCCUGCCCUGGGUUCCCCCUGAUACCAAACUCUCCAAACUGGACACACUUAGACUGGCCUCCAGCUAUAUAGCGCAUCUCCGGCAGCUGCUGCAGGAAGACAGAUACGAGAACGGCUACGUGCAUCCCGUCAAUCUGACAUGGCCUUUCGUGGUUUCAGGAAGACCAGACGCUGACUCCAAAGAUGUUUCAACAGCCAACAGAUUAUGUGGAACUACAGCUUAAAUCGAGGGACUGAUCAAUUUAAUUGGAGUCUUCUUUAGU